AUGGAGAAAAUUCUGAAAAACAACAAAACUGGAUACCUCGUCGGAGAUUCGUUGACCUGGGUUGAUCUGUACCUUGCCGACAUGGCCACGAUGGCGAACGAUUUCCCAGGCUACUAUGACGGAUUCCCAGCGGUAAAAGCUCACGCCGAGAAAAUCCGUUCAAUACCAGAACUGAAGAAAUAUCUCAGUGUUCGUCCUGACACAAAGUUCUGA